ACUUAUAAUGAAGGGGGUGCCUUUGAUUGACGGCGUGCACAUGCGCAAUUAGGCGCGAGACGACCGUUAGAUCGAAUGACGUAUUUCUGCGCAUGAGUUAAGCUAGCUAACGUGAUCGGGGAUUUCUAUUGAAGAGGCAGGUUCUGCCUAUCUUCAUACUGUACUGUCUUUGGGCGAAGUGCUUCAUUCUGACGUUUGGCGUUUCCUAUUGAGAUAGAACACACCUCUUCCUGUCGGUGUCAGAGUAGUAACUUCACCAUAUUUAGUUGGUCAGAGCCCCACAGAGUUGAGCACAGGCAACCGGGCUGAAAAUCUUGGUCAUAUCGGCGAAUGCAACCGGGAGUUGACAGCCGAGAAACAGCGAGACUGGCCGCUGUUGGAAAGUGACAUCAGUGGAAACAAGGCUGCACAUCAAAACGGGUGCAAGCUGCCUAUCGUUAGCAGACUUUGAGUGAUAAGUAGCUGUCCAUUGUCGGAUGAGAAUUCUAACUAGUAGUCGUAUGUAGCUAGAUGGAUAGCUAGCUAAUUGUCGCCCAGCCUUAAACUCGAUUUCUGCUGGACGUAAAACCGAAUUUAUCAGAUUUUUAUAAAGCAAACUGGUAAGAAACUAAAGAGCCCAGUGAAUCUGCAAUUAUGAUAUCUUGACAAGUGACAGUUAGCUGUGUUUCUCUCAAUCCAUUUGCUAAUCUAGCAUCUAGCUAGUUGCUAGCUAGUUUAUCAGCGUCGUUAAGGCUAGAGCAAGUAUCGCCGUGGCAGUGAAAUCUGAUUGGAUACCUUGAUCGUGUGAACGGCUUGAAGACCCUUGUCCAAAGGGACUGGAACAGGGGCUCGUUUGACAGUGAGCGGAGAGGAGAACUCAGGGGAACCCGUAACUACUCGGCUGCCUCGCCUGUAAGGCGUUGAACUGCCGAUAAACCAGAUUGAACCAAGCAAGAGUCCCUGACAUUUGACAUCUGUGAUCCGGGGAGUAAACCGGGCAGGGACCUCAUGAAUGGAAAUCGGAACUACAGGAGCCGUUGGAGCCCAGCCCCUGUUCACUGUGCCUCGGCGGCCUGGCUAUGGCACCAUGGGAAAGCCCAUCAAGCUGCUGGCCAACUGCUUCCAGGUGGAUAUCCCAAAGAUAGACGUCUACCUCUAUGAGGUGGACAUCAAGCCCGAGAAGUGCCCGCGCCGCGUCAACAGGGAGGUGGUGGACUCCAUGGUGCAGCACUUCAAGGUUACCAUCUUUGGGGAUCGUCGGCCAGUCUACGAUGGGAAGAGGAGCUUGUACACUGCCAACCCGCUGCCUGUGGCAACCGCAGGGGUGGAUCUGGACGUCACUCUACCGGGUGAGGGGGGCAAGGACCGGCCCUUUAAGGUCUCGAUCAAGUUUGUGUCCCUGGUGAGCUGGCAUAUGCUGCACGAGGUGCUAACGGGCCGCAGUGUGCCUGAGCCCCUGGAGCUGGACAAGCCCAUCAGCACCAACCCAGUACACGCUGUGGAUGUGGUGCUGCGACACCUGCCCUCCAUGAAGUACACCCCGGUGGGUCGCUCCUUCUUCUCAGCCCCAGAGGGCUACGACCAUCCUCUGGGAGGGGGGAGAGAGGUGUGGUUUGGUUUCCACCAGUCUGUACGUCCCGCCAUGUGGAAGAUGAUGCUCAAUAUUGACGUUUCUGCCACGGCCUUCUAUAAAGCCCAGCCUGUGAUCCAGUUCAUGUGUGAGGUCCUGGACAUCCACAACAUAGACGAGCAGCCCCGACCUCUCACAGACUCCCACCGGGUCAAGUUCACCAAAGAAAUCAAAGGUCUGAAGGUAGAGGUGACACACUGUGGAACCAUGCGGAGGAAGUACCGCGUUUGCAACGUAACUCGGCGGCCCGCCAGCCAUCAAACGUUCCCUCUGCAGCUGGAGAAUGGUCAAACGGUGGAACGCACGGUGGCCCAGUACUUCAGAGAGAAGUACAGCCUGCAGCUCAAAUAUCCCCACCUGCCCUGCCUCCAGGUUGGUCAGGAGCAGAAGCACACCUACCUGCCCCUGGAGGUGUGUAACAUAGUAGCAGGGCAGCGCUGCAUCAAGAAACUGACAGAUAAUCAGACGUCCACUAUGAUCAAAGCCACGGCUCGCUCUGCACCUGACAGACAGGAGGAGAUCAGCCGGCUGGUGCGCAGUGCCAACUACGAGGCUGACCCCUUUGUGCAGGAGUUCCAGUUCAAGGUGCGCGACGAGAUGGCCAACGUGACUGGGCGCGUGCUGCCCGCCCCCAUGCUGCAAUACGGCGGCAGGGUGAGCACAGAGCACUUUAUGAACCGGACAGUGGCCACCCCAAGUCACGGGGUGUGGGACAUGAGGGGCAAACAGUUCCACACGGGAGUAGAGAUCAAGAUGUGGGCCAUCGCAUGUUUCGCCACACAGAGGCAGUGUCGCGAGGAGAUCCUCAAGGGUUUCACAGACCAGCUGCGUAAGAUCUCCAAGGAUGCUGGGAUGCCCAUCCAGGGCCAGCCGUGUUUCUGUAAAUACGCCCAGGGAGCCGACAGUGUGGAGCCCAUGUUCAGGCACCUGAAGAACACCUACUCUGGCCUGCAGCUCAUCAUAGUCAUCCUGCCCGGAAAGACUCCCGUCUACGCGGAGGUGAAGAGAGUGGGAGAUACUCUCCUAGGAAUGGCCACUCAGUGUGUCCAGGUGAAGAACGUGGUGAAGACUUCCCCCCAGACCCUCUCCAACCUCUGCCUCAAGAUCAAUGUCAAGCUGGGGGGAAUCAACAAUAUCCUGGUGCCCCACCAACGACCCUCAGUAUUCCAGCAGCCAAUCAUCUUCCUGGGGGCGGACGUUACACACCCCCCUGCUGGAGACGGGAAGAAGCCCUCCAUCGCUGCAGUGGUCGGCAGUAUGGACGCCCACCCCAGCAGGUACUGUGCCACAGUGAGGGUCCAGAGGCCCAGGCAGGAGGUGAUCCAGGAUCUGGCCUCUAUGGUCCGAGAACUGCUGAUCCAGUUCUACAAGUCGACCCGCUACAAGCCCACCAGGAUCAUCUUCUACAGGGACGGAGUGUCAGAGGGCCAGUUCAGACAGGUGCUAUACUACGAGCUGCUGGCCAUCCGCGAGGCCUGCAUUGGCCUAGAGAAGGAGUACCAGCCCGGCAUCACCUACAUCGUGGUCCAGAAACGUCACCACACCCGCCUCUUCUGUGCCGACCGCAACGAAAGGGUUGGACGUAGUGGAAACAUUCCUGCUGGCACCACGGUGGACACGGACAUCACGCACCCCUACGAGUUUGACUUUUACCUCUGCAGUCACGCUGGAAUACAGGGCACCAGUCGGCCCUCCCACUACCACGUCCUGUGGGACGACAACUGCUUCACGGCCGACGAGUUCCAGCUGCUCACCUACCAGCUGUGCCACACCUACGUGCGCUGUACCCGCUCCGUCUCUAUCCCCGCGCCAGCCUACUACGCCCACCUGGUGGCCUUCCGUGCUCGCUACCAUCUGGUGGACAAGGAGCACGACAGUGCGGAGGGCAGCCAUGUCUCUGGGCAGAGUAACGGUCGGGACCCCCAGGCUCUGGCCAAGGCGGUGCAGAUUCACCACGACACGCUGAGGACCAUGUACUUCGCCUGAGCACCACCCCACACCACCAUCACCGCACUUAAAACACACACACACACCCCCUGCCUGCCAGUCAAGGAGGGUUGCAGCUCCCCACAACCAAUCAAUCCGGACCUGACACUGUGUAGCGGGGGGGUGGGGGAAGCCCCCCGCAAUGGACUGAGGAUGCAGACAGACAAUGCUUUAAAACAAGAGAGGAAGAACUUGGCACUAUUAUGCAAUAUUAAACCAGCCCGCUGCUUUUCCUGUCCUGGGCACCCUAACUCCGCCCCCACCUCCUCCAGGCCCUCCCUCCUUUUCUCCGGUCAUGAAGGGGAUCUGUGGUUUUGAUUCCGAAUGUGUAUGGUCGACGUUGCAGAAUUCAUUCCCUUUCGUCAUCAUGCCUUUUACCUCAACUCAGUUUAACGGCAGCACUUUCUGCCCUUUUUCGUUUGUUAGUUCUGUUUUGACUUUUCUUUAUCAAAGGUUGAGGAGAGAAGAAGAAAAAGAUGAGGAGUUUGAAGGGUGGAUCUUGAUCUGUGCAGAACUAUCACGGCGCACCAGCUUGCCACUUAUUUUCCUCUCCUUUCCUCUCCAUCUUUUUUUUUGCCAAUGGUGACUUAUCAAAAGUGUGAACGUGUCAAUGGACACUGUGUACAAGGAGACAACACAAGCUCUUAUUUUGAGCACAGUGCCACCUGGAGUCUGAACGGUGUAAAUGCUCUCUUCAAAAGUCCCAACCUGUUUGGGGAAUAAGCUAUGAUGCUAAUCAUAUGAUUUCUUACUCGUUAUCAUUUGACUUGAACCAAUAAGUGAUGUGCGUAUACAGUGGCACAUAUCCAUAGAGGGUAAUACAAUGAUAUCAAACCCUAGGUCAGUCCCCUAUGACAUAGGUCUAAUGUGCUGUCACAUCAACAUUGCAAUGUGACCCUGUUUUGAAUUUUCUUUCCUGUACAUCAUGUUUGAUAUUUAAGAUGCUUGUUAUUUUUUUUACCAUUCUUUCCAGUAUUUAUUAGUACGCUCAAGAUAUAGUAAUUUAAUGAGACAAGCAUUUAUUUCUGCAUUCUUUCAUUCUAUCUGCUCUCUUGCAUUUUAAUUUUGUUGUGUAAUAUCCUAAAUUGAAUGACAGAUCAUGUUGCUUUCCUCUAGUGCAAUAAUAUUGUAGCUGAGGGAAGGAAGCGUCUUCUAGAGGAUACGACUUGAAUGUCUGGCAGUCUGUAGCGGUGAGUUACGAGAAUGUUCUAGAACCCAGAUCUCUUACGAGAGCUCUCGGAUAGUAAGGGAAUGUUUUUGAGCCACACAAUUGACACUUACCCCGUUGCUCCUCGUUAUGAAGGGAGUAUCGGGGGUUCAGAGGUCUAAGGGUUGUGUGUUAUGAGUUAGAAAUCAAGUGCCUGGUUUUGGAAAUGAACGGUUAAAUUGAGGUUGUACGGAUGGAUUAUGACGCGGCGGUCCUAGCUUUCAAAAUGUAUUCGAACAAGGAAGUUAACGGGCAAAGUUUAGCUGGAGAAGUUGACUUCAAGCUACAUUUUGCCUCAUUUUUGACAGAAGUUGCAUCACAUUGAAAUCAUUGCGAUAGAAAAGAUAUAAUGUGUGUGUGAGUUUCUCCUAUCGUCUUUGCCUAAUAGCAGCGGUAUUUUAGCAGAUCAAGUCAUGCUGCACUCUGCCUCUAUCCUCAUCAGACAUGGAUCUAGCUGCUAUUUCUACAUGUACUCAAGGUGACUAAGAAUCGAGGCAUGCCUCAGUCAUGAGCAGCAGGAGAGCGAAGCUGACAAAUUCAUUUUCCCAUAUAACUGACCAUCCAAACCAAAUAGUAGCUAGCUGUCUUCUAGAGUCAACAGUUCGAUGAAUCUUGGAAGUCCAGGAGACUGAGCAAGUGACUUGUGUGGUCGCUGCUUAGCUCCUAUGUGCUCUGUGACAUGAGGCAUGCCUAGUGGUGUUCAAAAGAGAGACAAUUAUCUGCACUAAAAUAAGUGUGUGUUGGACCGAACACAUGCCUCUGGUGCUGGGGGG